AUGGACAGCCACCAUCGUCCAUCGCAGCCACACCAGCCUCAGCAUCCACAGUUCUAUACGCCUGCACUCAAUCAGAGCGCCUUCGCCAGUAGCUCAGCGACAGCCACAGACCAUAAUUACUUGCUGCAAGCACAGCCAGCACAACGACCACGACGCCAGAAAUCGCUAGUUCGACCUGAACGUGAACGCAUCGAUGAAACACAUCGACAGUACCAUUAUCGACGCCAUGCCAGUAAACGGGGUGUGGCCCCAAGCACCACUGGAAAUCAGCCUUUAGAGAGACGGGUAACGGGACGUAAACAGAGCCUUGUACGACGCGGCAGAAGCAUCUUGGGCCGUGAAGAAAAAGACGAAGACGACGAUCCACGGAGGCAUAUUGGCGCCAGUGUUUCCGGCGGCGGAGGCGCAGAAGGAGCAGUUAAUACAGAAUCCGACCAGGGCAGCUUUUGGAGCCGGUUACCGAAUCCCUGGCUUUUCUACUGCCGUAUCUUAACUUGCUGCAUUCCAGGCAGCUUAUUGACGGCAUGUGGUAUACCCGAGGGUCCUGCUCAUAUGGCAUGGCGAGAAAAGAUCGGCCUGCUUUCGUUCAUCGCUGUGGUGAUGGGAUUUGUCGGCUUCUUGACGUUUGGUUUCACACAAGCAGUCUGCCCUACCCCACCUUUGUCAGUGCAAGGCGGAGAAGUCAGCGCUGGCUACCUGAUCAUUAGCGGUUGGGCCUACUUGCUGUCUGACUGGAACGGUCAUCCUCCGAUCAGUGACCUAACGAGCGAAAACACCAACAUCAUGUACCCGCCCGUCAACGCUGGUGGCAUGGAUGCUUCCUUCCUCUUUCAGGACGCCCAAUCUGCGUGCUCCGACGUUCUUGGCAGUGGCCCUAUAUAUUUCCCAUGUCAGUUGUUCAAUCCCAACGAAACAUCUUCCGCACCAGAUCCAUCACAGUUCUCAAACCAAACAGCUUGCCAUGUUUCGUCCUCUGCUCGUUCAAUGUACAAUGACUUUAAAACUCAGGGCGUGCCAAAAUCUCAAGGAGGGUUCGACAAGGCCGCACGUGUGUACUAUGAUUGGGAUCGGAUCAAUGCUGGGAGUCGUCUCAUGAUAUAUAACGGGGAUGUUCUAAAUUUGGCUCUCCUUCAAUCUUUACCCUCGGAUACCAGCUAUCCUAGUGGUGGCUUGAUCGAAACUAUCCUCGCCGAUGAAGCGUCGUUUGCCGGCAAAGACAUGACACGCGCUAUGGCGUCGCGGAGGAGCGAUAUAGACUGGGAGAAGGAAGCGGAGUGUUUGGCAGCAACGAUCAAGGUCGGAUCACUAGAUACGCUUAGCAUUGGCUGCAUGGCAUCCCAAAUUGUGCUAUACCUUUCCCUGUGCGUUAUUAUCGGUGUAAUUUUCACAAAGUUUGCACUGGCUGUUACGUUUGGAUGGUUAUUGUCAUGGCGACUUGGCAAUUUUAAAGAAGGCGGUUCCUAUGCGGACCGUAUGAAACGCCAAGCUGAAAUCGAAGAUUGGAGUCGUAACAUAACAACCCAAGGCCCUAUUCCAAAAUCCUACAUGCAGUCGCAGACAAAUCAAAACAAAAAGAAGAGCAUUCUGCCACAAACUUCAAGGUUUACACAGCCACAGCACGGGAUCACACGUUUCGAUGCUGAACGGGCUCCUACUCCGUAUUGGAAAGCACCUUCCACUGCGGCAUUGAGCCGUCAGUCUCUGUACAUGACACCUACUACACCCUCUAGUCGAUUCUUUUCAUCAACACCAGGCGACUUGACUCCCCGGCGCUCGUCGAUUUCGUCUUCGGAUAUGUCAUCGUCGGCUACCACAACAACAUGUCCUUUCCCGCUUUCGCCACAUGUUGUACAGCAGCCAUCAUCAGAUUACAUGCCUUUCAAGUUCCCUCUUGCACAUACUAUCUGUCUCGUCACCUGCUAUUCAGAAGGCGAAGAGGGCAUUCGCACGACACUCGACUCCAUUGCUACAAGCGACUAUCCCAGCUCACACAAGCUUAUUCUUGUCAUCUGUGACGGUAUUAUUACCGGUCACGGAAACACUCAGUCUACCCCGGAUGCCUGUAUAUCCAUGAUGCGCGACUUUGUUGUUCCACCAGAACAAGUCCAGCCUGCAGCCUAUGUUGCCAUUGCUGAUGGCUCCAAACAGAACAACAUGGCCAAGGUGUAUGCAGGAUACUAUAGAUACAAAGACGAAACGGUGGACCCUGCGCAUCAACAGCGUGUCCCCAUGGUGACCAUUGUCAAGUGCGGCACUCCCGAAGAAUCUACGGAAGCGAAGCCCGGAAACCGUGGAAAACGUGACUCGCAGAUCGUACUCAUGCAGUUUAUGCAAAAGGUGAUCUUCGACGAGCGUCUUACUCAGAUGGAGUACGAGUUCUUCAACAGCAUCUGGAGAGUAACCGGUGUCCCUGCUGAUAGCUAUGAGAUCUGUCUCAUGGUGGAUGCAGAUACAAAACUCUAUCCUGAUGCCCUGACACGCAUGAUUUCAUGCUGUGUCAAGGACCCGGAAAUCUCAGGGCUGUGCGGCGAAACAAAGAUUGCCAAUAAGACCGAUAGUUGGGUUAGCAUGAUUCAAGUGUUCGAGUACUAUAUCUCCCAUCAUAUGAACAAGGCAUUUGAAGCUAUCUUUGGCGGUGUCACGUGUCUGCCAGGAUGUUUCUGCAUGUAUCGCAUCAAGGCUCCCAAGGGUCCAACGGGCUAUUGGGUGCCCGUUCUUGCUAACCCGGAUGUAGUUCAACAUUACUCUGAAAAUGUCGUCGAUACGCUGCACAAAAAGAACUUGCUUUUGCUAGGCGAGGAUCGAUACCUUUCCACGCUCAUGCUAAAGAUUUUUCCAAAUCGUAAAAUGAUGUUUGUUCCUCAGGCAGUUUGCAAGACCGUGGUUCCUGACAGCUUCAAGGUGCUCCUCUCGCAACGACGUCGAUGGAUCAAUUCAACCAUCCACAAUUUAAUGGAACUUUUGUUUGUCCACGACUUGUGCGGUACAUUCUGUUUCUCAAUGCAAUUUGUUGUCUUUAUGGAACUUGUCGGUACACUUGCAUUACCAGCCGCUAUCGCAUUCACGCUCUAUCUCAUCAUUUUGGCGAUUAUUGGAAAGCCUGCCCUCAUCCCACUUAUCUUGCUCGCACUCAUUCUCGGUCUCCCAGCAGUAUUGAUCGUAAUGACGAGUCGCAAGAUUGUAUACGUUGGAUGGAUGCUUAUUUAUCUAAUCAGUCUGCCUAUAUGGAACUUUGUCCUGCCCAUGUACGCAUAUUGGCAUUUUGAUGACUUUUCAUGGGGUGAUACCCGUAAGAUCGAAGGCAGUGAAAAGGAUCGUGGACAUGGUGACCGAAAGGGCGAAUUCGAUACGAGUCGCAUUGUCAUGAAGAAAUGGAACGAGUACGAAAAGGAACGGCGGAUCAACCUUGCUAUGCAGCAUAAUUUACCCGUGCCACGGUUCUUGGAGCGUCCCAGAAGUGUCGAUAUCUUUAAGGAAGCUUUGCUUACACGGUCUUUGAAUAAAAAGGGCGGAUCAACAGGCUCAAGCGACAGUGAAGCGCCGCUCACUGAAAUGGAUUUCCAACCGAUUCGACAUCCUCCUGUGCAGUUAUCAGAUCCACCAGUUCCAAUGACUUCUCUCAGCUUGCGAGACGAACGUCCUUCACCACCAGCAACUACUGUGCCUAUAGAACCGCUGUUGAUGAUGAGAAACCAGCCGAGUACAUCGUUGUCGUCGUCGUCUCCACUCGACUGGGCCAACCCAGCACCCCAUCAUGGGAUUGCUCAACCCAAGGGAUUCUCUGCGACUCCUACUCCAGAGCGAAUACGUGCGGGGCCGUCAUCAGCUGCCUCGCCAAUGUCACUGCAUCCCAAGACUAGUACUGGCUCGUCUUCAUCCGAUCGUUCGGUACCACAGCACAGCUCCCCUCUGUCGCAGAGCAGUACACCGACACCAGAGCGAAUUGACACGCCAUUACCACAAAAGCAGCCAGCUCAACCUCAACCUCAAAGUUCUAUUGAAAGCAUCACCAUUAGUGGUAGCAGUAGCAAUACCCCGGGACCAUCCGCCGCUCCUUCUACACCCAAUCCCAAAUCGGUGCCACCUAAAGGCAAUACAUCACCCUUGGCAACAGCUACCCCAAUAACAUCUACUAACAAUACAGCCGCAGCACCUGCACCUCCACCAAAAGACAAAAACCUUCCUCGACCAAAGCCUUGUACCACAGCGUUAUCCGCUAAACCCCCACAGCCUCCCCCUCAUGAAGAUUAG